GCCAUGUGGCUCAGUGCGCAGACGCGUACGGCGAUGGCGUGAUGGACCGAGUUUUUUGUGCUUGUUCCGCGGUGUCGGUCGGUGCUUCUUGAAGGUUUGAUCUUCCUUGUUGGUGGCUGGCGGGGAAGGGGGAGGGUCAAGGCGGCGGCAGCAGCAGCGGCAGCGACGGCUGAUGCUCGAGGGGGGCUGGGCCCCUUUUCACGCGUAAGUCACCAGAUCUAUCCGUUUUCGUGAGUGCCGCACACGCAACUCAAGCAAGAACAAGUGAUCCGGGGUUCCAAGCCUCUGAGUGAGUGAGUGACAGAAGGAGAGAUCCCGGAAGCAAGAAGCGAUCACAGGGUUUGUAGGGUGUAUUCCUAGAAUGUAUCUCGAGGAGGGCUUGAUCCAUCCCGAGCAAUGCCUGGAUGAGCAACGGCGGCAGCAGGAGGGGCAGGAGGAGGAGGAGGAGGAGUUUGAUCACUUUGAGCGGCUGCCCGACUCGUUGCUGCUCACCAUCUUCAACAAGAUAGCCGAGAUCAAGGCGCUGGGCAAGUGCUGCGCCGUGUCCAAGCGCUUCAACAGCGUGGCGUCUCAGGUGGACAAUGUGGUGGUGCGAGUCGACUGCGUGCUAUCGGGCGAGGACACGAACUGCAGCAGCAAGGCCAGCAAGGGGCUUGUGUCCAGCCUCGUCAAGCUCGUCUAUGGCAGCCUCCUCAGGCCCUUCCAGGUACUGCAACAGAUGCUCUCCUUCAGCGCUGGCGGGAAGAAGAGCUCAGGCUCCCGGCCGGUCUCCGCCACGGAGGUGUCUCACCACUCUCCGGGCGAGGUGCUGCGCAACUUCAAGGAGAUCCAGACGCUACGGAUUGAGCUCCCGGGUGGGGAGCUGGGGCUGGAGGAGGACAUUGUGUUGAAGUGGAAGGCGGAGUUUGGGAGCACGGUGCAGAGCUGCGUCAUGCUGGGUGCUUACAGGGAGAAGGUGGCGGACGUGAAACCGCUUGAAAGCAAGGAGGCGGCCGAGGAAGUCAAAGUUGGCGAUUGCGAUCAACACGAGGGGGAGCGGGAGCAGCAGCAGCAGCAGCAGCAGGACGACAAUGGGAGCAUUCCGGAGACGUUCUACACGGAUGGAAGCCUAAAGUCGAGAGUGGUGUGGACAAUCAGCUCGCUCAUCGCGGCGUCGGCCCGGCAUUUCUUGCUGCAGCAGAUCAUAGCGGAGCACCCGACGCUGGAGAGGCUGCUGCUGACGGACGCAGAUGGGCAGGGAACGCUGUGCAUGAGCAAGGAGCAGCUGUGCGAGUUUCGCGACAGUCCGAUCGCCGCCGCCUCCGUCUCUUCCAACCGGACUCAGGUCCCCGCCCUCAACAUGAAGCUGUGGUAUGCUCCCCUGCUGCCGCUGCCCGACGGCACCUUGCUCCGCGGCGCCACCCUCGUCGCCAUCCGGCCCAGCGACACGCCGGCGCCCAAGGACCUCCAAAGCCUCGUCGCCGGCGCGUUCCAGGAGCCGUAUGCCAGUGCCGCCAGCCUGCUGGUCAAGCGCCGGACUUAUCUCCUGGAGAUGAACGCGUUCUAGCGCUUUUUCUAGAAAGCAGGGAAUGCCAUUGGCUAGGUGUUUGAUCGAGCA